UCCGCAUGCGCGCAGUACACAAAAUGUCGGGAGGACCGGCAGAGUUAGACCUGCGGUGAGAGAGUUAUUGGAAGAAAAACCCCAACUGGAAGGAAACCACGACUGUAGACGAGGGAACAGCAACAAGUGAACCUGCCCGAGGACUGAGAGCAUCAACUGGAGAGAAACCCUUCUGACUCGGAGAUUCCAGUGAUUCAGUCAGGAGAAAGUUUGGGACCCUGCAGUAUUGUGUCCAGCUCCUCGUGCUAUAGCCAAAUUGAUUGGUGGAUUCCUGGCUACUCCAUAGGAGAGAAAAGUGAUCAUCCAGAAUCGCUCAGUUGUUCCUCUCCGCUGCCGUGCACCUUUUUCACCAUAUGUUAAUGUGAAGAGUGAACAGUAAAUGGUUAAUCUUACUGCGAUCUGGUUUGCAUUGGCUGUGGUUUAUCCGGACGUUAAAUUCGGCGUUUCGUUACACCCGAAGGAGAACGUUACAGUAAGGUUAAAAAUGACAAGGAAUUUGUCUACGGGAAUCUCAAACAGAUCACAUCAGGUUUGCUGUCUCUAUCCAGAUAUUUAAGACGAGGAGCAAGGGAUUCAUUCAACCUUCCUUCCUGCUCAGACUGUGUGGAGGGAUUCAUUUGCUCAUCUGACCGACCGGCUCACCCAUUAUUUUACACAAGAGAGAGUCCGUUCAUAUUCUCAGACUGUGGGAAGGGAUUCACUCGGUCAUCUCAACUGAAGGAACAUCAGCGGGUUCACACUGGGCAAGGCCAUUCAUCUGUUUUGUGGGUGAGAAGGGAUUCAGUCACUCUUCCCAGCUGUGGACACACCAGUGAGUUCACACUGGGCAGAGGCUGGUCAUCUGCUGAAUUUGUGGGGAAGGAUUCACUCGGUCACCUGACCUAAAGGCACACCGGCGAGUUCACACUGGAGAGAGGCCGUUCACCUGCUCAGACUGCGGGAAGGGAUUCACUUGCUCAUCCCAACUGAAGGUACACCAGCGAGUUCACACCGGGGAGCGGCCGUUCACCUGCUCAGACUGUGGAAAGGGAUUCCCUUGCUCAUCUAACCUGAAGGAGCAUCAGCGAGUUCACACUGGAGAGAGGCCGUUCACUUGCUCAGACUGCGGGAAGGGAUUCACUCGGUCAUCCACCCUAAUGGCACACCAGCGAUUUCACACCGGGGAGCGGCCAUUCACGUGCUCAGACUGUGGAAAGGGAUUCCCUUGCUCAUCUAACCUGAAGGAGCAUCAGCGAAUUCACACUGGAGAGAGGCCGUUCUCUUGCUCAGACUGUGGGAAGGCAUUCAUUUCGUCAUCUAAACUGAAGGUUCAUCAGCGAAUUCACACUGGGGAGAGGCCAUUCACCUGCUCAGACUGCGGGAAGGGAUUCACUCAGUCAUCUGACCUACUGGUACACCAGUCAGUUCACACUGGGGAGAGGCCGUUCACCUGCUCAGACUGUGGGAAGGGAUUCACUUGCUCAUCUAAACUGAAGGAACAUCAGCAAGUUCACACUGGAGAGAAGCCGUUCACCUGCUCAGACUGUGGGAAGGGAUUCACAUACUCAUCUAAACUGAAGGAACACCAGCGAGUUCACACUGGAGAGAGGCCGUUCACCUGCUCAGACUGCGGGAAGGGAUUCACUUGCUCAUCCCAACUGAAGGUACACCAGCGAGUUCACACUGGGGAGAGGCCGUUCACCUGCUCAGAGUGUGGGAAGAGAUUCACUCGGUCAUCUGAACUACUGGUACACCAGUCAGUUCACACUGGGGUCAGGCUGUUCACCUGCUCAGACUGUGGGAAGAGAUUCACUCGGUCAUCCACCCUAAUGGCACACCAGCGAUUUCACACCGGGGAGCGGCCAUUCACGUGCUCAGACUGUGGAAAGGGAUUCCCUUGCUCAUCUAACCUGAAGGAGCAUCAGUCAGUUCACACUGGAGAGAGGCCGUUCACCUGCUCAGACUGCGGGAAGGGAUUCACUCGGUCAUCCAAACUACUGGUACACCAGCGAAUUCACACUGGGGAGAAGCCGUUCAACUGUUCAGUCUGUGGGAUGAGAUUCAGUCAGUCAUCCACCCUACAGAGACAUCAGCGAGUUCACACUGGGGAGAAGUCGUUCACCUGCUCAGUCUGUGGGAGGAGAUUCACUCGGUCAUCCCACCUACUAAGUCAUCAGCGAGUUCACACGCGAGAGACUGUUCACCUGCUGUGAAUGUGGGAAAGAAUUCAUAUGGUCAUCUUGACUACAGAGACACCAGCAAGUUCACACCAGUGGUAGAGGCUGUUCACCUGCUCAGACACUGGGAGGAGUUUCUCUCAGCCUUCUCAAUCAAAUGUGCAUGAUUGAGUUCAGGCUGGGUACAGGCCGUUCACCUGCUGUGAAUGUGGGAAGGGAUUCACUCAGUAACCUAACCUUGUGACACACUACUGAGUUCACACUGGGGAGAAAGUUUCAGUAAGCUUCAUGCUGGAGAUUUGUCCAUCACCAUUGCUGAAUGCAAUUUCAAGAGUGACUAUCGGUGCUGAACUCUGCAAUUGUUGCUGCUGCUCACCACAUCCAGUUCUUCACACUGGCCACUGGGUGACUGGGAGGAGUUUCUUCUGGAUAUUCACCUUUAAUGG